AAGUUUCCAAAAAACUUGAAAGUUAGAUCACAAUUACAGAAAAUAAUAAUAAUAACAAAAAACGUGCAAAUGGUGUGCUAUAAAGAGUCGGCCCUUUUGUGGCUCUUGGCCCUGCAUUGCUGCAUAUCGUAUGGCGCAGCCAUACAGUGCUUCGUGUGCGACUCGAGCGACAAUCCCAGUUGUGCCGAUCUCGGAUCCAAUUCCAGCAUAGUGCCGGAGACCUGCACUUUGGACAAAAUGAAGUCACUGGACACCUGGCUGUUUGAUCUGAACAAGUUCUCCUACUUCGACAAUGGGGCCAACAAAAAUCCGCUGAUGAAUUGUCAAAAAGUUGUGGCCAGAGAUCCCGACACCAGAAAGAUUGUUACGGCGCGCUUUUGCCAGCUGGACACUGGAGACUCGGAUGCCUGUGAGAUUCUAAGGAGCAAGCUGCGCAUUACCAAUGCUGGCGACAGCAGUCGGGAUCAGGGGCGGCGGGAUCGCGACCAACAGCAGCGGCGCAAGGGCUAUGGCUAUGGCCAGGAAUCCACCGAUAAUGACGAAGGAUCGGAGGAGGAUACGUUCUUCUGUGACAUUUGCAGAUCGGAUCGUUGCAAUGGUGCCGCGGCAGUGACGUUGACUCUGGGUUCGAUGGUGGUGGUAAUGUUGUUGGUAAACCUGAUGCCAGGACUUAUUCAGGACUGUUGAAGGAGGUGCUGGUGGAUGGAUGGUGGAUGGCGUUUUGGUAGCGUUGGUGGAUGCGUUGGUUGCAUUUAGGUUGAGUUACCGUUAGCGUUACCGUUGCCGUUGCCGUUACCGUUUACUUUGUAAAUAUUUGAGUGCAAUGUCGUUGAUUUGAACAAGCCUCCCCCCCGCCGUCACCAGACUCUCCUACAGACCCACGCCAGCCCCUGCCCCACCUCUGGCUGUCCCAUCACCCCCAGACCCUAGACAUGUAAGCACACACUCACCAAUACACCGAUACAAUCCCACUAACACAGAGAAACAGAAACAUACUCGCACACACAACUCAACCUCAAAGAGAGAAAAGCUCAUUCGCUUUGAUUCCAAACAAAUAUGAAAACUUUCAAUUACCAGCAGAUGAUGAUGUUGAUGGAUGAUGGAAGGGAAAAUGGACCUCUAAGGGAUAUGUUUAACCACAUACAACAUUUAUCCCACACAUGCAAACACACACACACUUACACAUAUAUCAAGGAUGGAGGACCUAUUCCAUUAGCUCUUAUUGUAGCUUUAUUAUAUGUUGAUUGUUAUAUUGAUAAUUGUUAGGACAGCAGAGUAUAAGAAUUCACCAAUUGCCUUUAAUUUUCAUAUUCAUAGCAAGCAAUAUAGAUGGGAAUUAUAAACAUUAAUAAAUGUACUCUUAGGUAUUUAUGUAUGUAUAUUUAAAUGUGCU